ACUAGGUUUCAAGCCAAGAACGUAAACAUGGUGCAGAGCAUUUGCCUGGGGACAUCCUGUGAGAAGAGGCUCCCAAAGGGCAUGGCCUGGCAUUGCAACAUGAAUGAAGCCAGGGAAUGUGAUAUGAAUUUAGAGAAAGAGAAGAGCCCAUCCAGAGAAGGGACCAUUCCCAGAACGACUUUGAGUAAUGGGAAUGUGCCUCAGUGUAUGGCAAUUGGGAAGAGCUUCAGGCUUGGGCCAGUCUUUGUUGGAACUAUGGAGAAAAGUCCGGAUAAAUAUAAGACAAUUGGAAAGAGCUUGAGAGGUUUUUCGAGCCUAAUUACUUAUAAUACAUUUUCUUUAGAGAAGAACUUUUCCAAGUAUGUCAAAGGCAAGAAACCUUUCAGGUAUCGCUCAGGAUUAUUUAAGUUUCAUAGAAAAGAUGCUAAAGGAAAUCUACAUGAACAGAGUGAAUGUGGAACAGUAUUUAGAAGAUCUAAUCUUACUGAAAAUCAGAGACGUCCCAUAGGAGAUGGUCAUUAUAAAUAUAAUAAGUAUAGAAAAGACAAUGUCAAAAAAGGAAGCUUGAUUGAACUUAAGAUAAAUCAUGCUGAAGUGAAACCCUUUAAAUGUGAUGAAUGUGGUAAACCUUUUGGUAGGAGGGAAAACCUGAUUGCACAUAAGAGAACUCAUACUGGAGAGAAACCUUUUGUUUGUAAUGAAUGUGGAAAAAGCUUCUGCCAUAGGGGAAACCUGAUUGCUCAUCAUAAAAUUCAUACAGGGGAAAAACCUUUUGCAUGUAAUGAAUGUGGAAAAAGCUUCCGCCACAGGGGAAGCCUGAUUGCUCAUCAUAAUACUCACACAGGGGAGAAAUCUUUUCCAUGUGAUGAAUGUGGAAAAAGCUUCAUUCAUAGGGCAAAUCUUAUUUCUCAUCAGAGAACUCAUACAGGAGAGAAACCAUUUACAUGCCAUGAAUGUAUGAAAAGCUUUCGUCACAGGGGAAACCUCAUUGCCCAUCGCCGGACUCAUACCACAGAGAAACCAUUUGAAUGUAAUGAGUGUGGGAAAGCAUUCCGCUUUAGCAGAAGCCUUAUUCGACACCAGAGAACUCACACUGGCGAGAAACCUUUUGCAUGUAACAUAUGUGGGAAAGUCUUCACCACUAAGACAUAUCUCUUCGAUCAUCAGAGAAUUCAUACUGGAGAGAAACCUUUUAAAUGUAAUGAAUGUGGGAAAGGCUUUGGCCAGAGAGGAUACCUCAUUUGUCAUCAAGGAGUUCACACUGGAGAAAAACCCUUUGAAUGUCAUGAAUGUGGAAAAGCCUUCACCCGGAGAGCUCGCCUUAUUGUACAUCAGAGAACUCACACUGGAGAGAAACCAUUUGUAUGUAAGGAAUGUGGGAAAGGCUUUAGCCGGAGGGACCAUCUCACUUCUCAUCAGAGAGUUCAUACUGGAGAGAAACCCUUUGUAUGUAAUGAGUGUGGGAAAGCCUUUUCCCAGAGAGCAAGUCUUAUUAAACAUCAGCAAAAUCAUACAAGAGAAAAACACUUUGAAUGUAAUGAAUGUGGAAAAGUCUUCACCCGGAGGUCGUACCUUAUUAUUCAUCAAAGAAAUCACACUGGAGAGAAACCCUUUAUAUGUAAUGAGUGUGGGAGAGCCUUUACCCAGAAAGCAAGUCUUUUUAACCACCAGCGAACUCAUACAGGAGAGAAACCCUUGGUUUGCAAUGAAUGUGGGAAAUCUUUUAGCCAUAGGGACUCCCUCACUAACCAUCAAAGAACUCACACUGGAGAGAAACCCUUUAUAUGUAAUGAAUAUGGGAAAGCCUUCAGCUAUGGAGUAGCACUCGGGUGUCAUCAAAGAACUCAUCAUGGAGAGAAUCCCUCUGAGUGUCAGGAGUGUGGGAAAGCUUUUAGGCGCAAAGCAAACCUUGUCUUCCGCCAGAAAACCCAUAUAAAAGAGAAACCUUUUGCAUGUAAUGAAUGUGGAAAAGACUUUAGUAGGAGUUCUAACCUUAUUACUCAUCAGAAUAUUCAUAAUGGAAAGAAACAGAAUUUGUUGAAAUAGACUUCACUUAGGAACUACCCCUUCACUGCCACCAGAGAAUUCAUAUGGUUCUGGCAACUCAAGAGGAGAAACAUCUGUCCUUUCUAAAGUAAUUCAUUGUGCUUCUUUUUGGUUAACAUGUCACCUGCAUUUCUCAACCUGUGCCUUUUUCAUCCCCUCCAAAUCCAACACAUGAAAAAACUGACAUUGUAUUUUUGCACACUGGAGAGUCCACCAUAUUUGUAAAGAAGUGGUAAUGGGGUACCAUGGUCUUUCCUCGGAAUUUGAUUUUGGUUUUUCUAACUUCUUUAGUCUUUUUCUGAUUUUCA